AAGUAGAACUGUAGAAGUUGCGGGAGACUAAAGAAAUAGGCAGCAUCAGCUGUCAUAAAGGGGAAAGAAAAAUGGCAUUUUUGAGGUCAGUAGUCGCCACAACAACUACAGCCGUAGCAGCAGCCACAGUUGCAAUUCCAGCCGUCUUCGCUAUCCCUUCAGUCGCAUCCUCUCCUUCAUCUUCACAGUCUUCCACUUCUUUCAAAGGGGUAUCCAAAAACCCAUUUUUCGGGUCGCUCAAUCUGUCUGCCAACCCGAUUUGCGGACCCAAAAAAUCGGGCCUCCUGCAAGCUGUAACGAACCUGCCUUCUGUUUCUGUCGAAAUGGAUCCCGAACAAUCGACGCAGAAUGGUGCCGUGUUGCCGGAAUUGCUGACUGAAUUUAUGGUGGAUAUGAAAUGUGAGGGCUGUGUUAAUUCAGUCAGGAAUAAGUUGCAGACUGUUGAUGGUGUUAAAAAAGUUGAUGUGGACUUAACCAAUCAAGUUGUAAGGGUUCUUGGAAAUUCACCUGUGAAGAUCUUGACUGAAGCAUUGGACCAGACUGGACGGAAGGCCAGAUUAAUUGGACAAGGUCUACCAGAUGAUUUUCUAGUAUCGGCUGCUGUUGCUGAAUUUAAAGGUCCAUCUAUAUACGGUGUUGUCCGCUUAGCCCAAGUUAAUAUGGAACUGGCUAGGAUAGAAGCCAACUUCAGUGGUUUGCCCCCGGGAAAGCAUGGUUGGUCGAUCAAUCAAUUUGGUGAUCUAACAAAGGGUGCUGCAAGCACUGGCAAAGUCUUUAAUCCCUUGAAGGAUGAAAAAGAGGCAGUGGGUGACCUGGGAACACUGGAAGUAGAUGAAAAAGGUGAGGCGUUCUAUUCUGGGGUGAAGGAGAAGCUAAGAGUGGGUGAUGUUAUUGGACGAUCCAUAGCGGUAUAUGGAAGUGAAGAUAGAUCAGACGAGGGUAUUGCAGCUGCAGUGGUUGCUAGAAGCGCUGGAGUUGGCGAGAACUACAAAAAGCUUUGCACUUGUGAUGGCACAACUAUCUGGGAAGCAACCAAUGCAGAUUUUGUCAGCAGCAAAUUUUAAGACCCAAUUCAUGUGCUUUCGUGCUCUACUUAUAAUGUACCCUGUGUUCAUAGAGAAGUCUUUUAAAAAAAGAACGAUUAGAUAGAGUGAGCAUCAUCAUUUUAACAGCAACAACUCCAUAUAUUGUACUAUGUCUAAAGAUGUAAACUUUAAUAAAUGAUGUUGGUAACUUCAAGAUUGCAA